CCUCCGCUUGGUCUGCACGGCUGCUUAUCAGCGGCCGACCACUAACAAACAUCAUUGUCUGGGAACAAGCCAAAGGACAAAACCGCUCGGCUCUCCGGGGGGAGGAGGGGAGGUGAAGCACUUGUAUAAAGUCAAAGGGCUGCACAUGUGGGGCCGCAGUGACACAGAGACUCCAGACUGACGCCUCUGCGCUCCUGCGUGAAGCUCUGAGGACGAUCACCGAAACACUUUACGAGGGAGCUCUACACUGGAUGGCUUUUUUCAAACUCUGAAGGAUUAUAACUUUUUUGGUUAACUUUAUAUUGAUUUUGAAGAGCCUGGAGAAAUGGAUAUGUACAUUUUGAUUUCCGUGUUGUCAGUGAUGCACUCCUGGAUGUUGCGCACAGUGCUAUCGGCGCCAACUGGAGAGUCACCCACCGCUUCCACCGACGCUCAGGCGCGCCAUGUGCGGACCAAACGCUGCUCCUGCGCCACUUUCCUGGACAAGGAGUGCGUCUACUUCUGCCACCUGGACAUCAUAUGGGUCAACACACCUGAGCGCGUGGUCUCAUACGGACUGGGCAACGCUCCCAGGACGAGGCGCGCGCUGGCGGACUCCAUGGCAACGAGCCGCGGACCUCGCUGCCAGUGCUUCCGCCAAAACGACAACACAUGCAGAAACUUCUGCAGGCUGGAAAACCACCGCAGCUAUGAAACAUCGCCAGACACGGUGAUCCGCUCUGCCAAGGGCGAUGGUUGUGCUGAGGCGCAGUGCAAACACAAGCUGGCAGCCGACGCGGGCAGGAUUAAGAGGAUGAGCAACAGCAACAAGAAGCGGGUGUCACCUUUAGCAAUCAGGGCUGUCCUGAAAACCCGUCUGCUGCUCAAGAAGUGGAGGGCAAGACAGCGCCACAGGGCAAGAUCAUGGGAGGGCGAGAGCACGGCCUCCUAAAGACGGCAGAUAACCUCCACACCUUGUCGUACAGAGGGUUUCGUAAGCCCUUCUCUAAAGCCAGUGGGGAGCCCUGUGGAGGACAAACGGAGAGCCCCGAAUGAGGUCGCCAAACGUACUCCAUGUUGGCUUCGUGGCUGCGGUGUCAAAGCAUUUACAACUCGACUUGGUUGCACUUCAUCAGACAGAUGAACGAGGUCAGAGACGAUACAGGGAGUCCAGGUGAAAGGAGAUAAGCCGAAAAGAGGACUUGGCCUCGGUCUGCAAAAUCAAGGACACUCAUUGAUCUUGUAGGUGUCACGGUCAGACCCUUUGGACUCAAAACACCAAAUAGCAUUUCAACUUAGUGGAAGGAUUUAACAUGAAUCCCUCUGUUACAGAAAACGAAAAUCACUGCCGUAUACGGGUGAAGGCAGUCCUGCUUAUUAUAUUUCAAAAUGCCAUUAUACAGUUGCAAAAACAGACUGUUAUACCUGCGUAGACGGGAUUAUGUGCCUCGUGUCACCACUUUCCCCAAGACACUCUUUCACCGACUGAAACUAUUUACUGCAUUUUACAUAACAGGUCGUCUCCUGUGUGUCAGGUCAUUGUAGCUAUGCAGUACAGUAGCUGCUGGGAGUUUUUCAAGCUCAUGCUAUCACAGGUUUAUUAGCAUUUAUCCUUAUUUAAUUUUUCACCAAAUAUGUAUGUGUUCUAUUUAUUUAUUCUUUUUACACAGUGUAAAUUGAUGGCCAUAUUGGUCUGUCACAUGUUUGAGUUUGUCAUUUCUAUGAAAUGUUUUGUCACCAAGGUGCCAAAUUUUGGCCAAACUUAAAUAAAUUUGUACACUUAUUUAAAGACAACUGAU